UCUAAAGUACAGUUACGGUCUCACUGAGCAACAAAUAAUUCCAAGGCAGCGGGCGGUUAAAUAGCAAAAUAUUCGAGUAAAUGUUAUUGUUUGUUCUAUUUUAGUUAAUUUAAAACAUGGGAUUCGUGCUGUCCAAGUUCCGGAAGGAAAAGUCUACGGAGACGGUGUUGGAGGGGCUGCAGACGCAGAUCCAGGCAUUGGAGAAGUACAUGAUCAACACGGAGGAGCGGAAGCGGCGGUUCGUGACGAACUUUGUGGGCUUCACCAUCGGUGCCUAUAUCGUGGGCUUCGGACUCUGGUACUUCUUCUACUUCCCGCCGACGCUGCAGGAGUGCAUUGUGUACCUGGUGCCGCUGCUCCUCUUUCCCAUACUUAUCAUCUUGCUGCGACGCCUGUUUACGUGGUACUUUCAACGCAAGCUAAACAAAAAUGGCGAUAAGCUGGCGAAGCUGAAGGAGGAGAAGCGCGUCCUAUUGGAGCAGGUCAUGGACAAGGAGACCUACAAGGUGGCACUGAAUCUCUUGGAGCGCUUUGGCGAUAAGAAGCAGCUUCGCCUAGGCAGCGGCCUGCAGACACCCAACCGGCACUCAAUGCCGGAACGAUCGCCUCAGCCCGCCGCUCGAGCCGCGGCUAUCGGUCAGCCGCAGCAGCAGCAGCGAUCGCUGACUCCGUACACUAGCGUCUAUCGGAACAACAAUAACAUUAGUAGCACCAGCCUGAACCGCAGCGUCAUCAGCUCGCAUUCGCAGGCGGUGACGUCAGCAACGCCGCCAGUGCGCGCCGUGCAAGAGCUGCGUCGGCGAACACCCUUUCCCAUUGUGGAUGAGCGGUCGCGCAGCGCCAUGGAUCGCAUCGUGGACUUUAUCGUAGGCGACAGUCCACAGAAUCGAUUUGGCAUGAUCUGCAAGGAGUGUUUUGCCCACAAUGGAAUGCUGCCCAAGGAGGAGUACGAGUACGCUUCAUUCCGGUGUGCUUUUUGCAGUGCACUGAACCAGGCAAGGAAGGAGCGACCUGUGGCACCUCGCCUCUCGCUGGAGGCCCCGACACCGACUAAGCGCAACGAGAGCUCCGAGAGUGAAUCAUCUGAUGACGAGUCAGAGAAACAAGCACCAGUUCGAAGAGUCCUGCUGCAGGAAGUGCCAUCAAGUCAAGGUGAUAUUGACGCCUCUUACCUAAAAGAAGACUUGGAAACGGAGGAGAGGGAGCCAGAGAUAGAGACACCAGAGACUGGAUCUACUGCUGCUGCUGUGGCUGCUGCUGCUGCUGCAAGUGAUGACGUCAGCCAAGCUGAAGUGACUGCAACUGGCAGCUCCUGAGCCCAAACACACACACAUAUACGUCACACAUUAAUGAAACACCUUUAGGCGCCAGUCAAGCAAAAUUCUUGGAUUAUUUGCUUAUUAGUUUACAUAUUUAAUUUUUUAAUUGGUAAGCAAAUUGAAAAUGAAUCUGUUAUAAUGAAUUUAAAUGGAAUGCAAAAA